AUGGACGGAGACGGAGACCCAGAAAGUGUGGGCCAACCUGAGGAGGCCAACCCAGAGGAGCAGACGGAGGAGGCGUGUGCAGAGGAGGGAAACGCAGAGGAGGACCAGCCCGAGGAGGAAGAGAGCGCGUACUUGGAGGAGCUGCCAGAGCCUUUGCUGCUGAGAGUGCUGGCUGAGCUGCCGGCCUCUGAGCUUGUGCAGGCUUGCCGCCUGGUGUGCCUGCGCUGGAAGGAGCUGGUGGAUGGCGCCCCCCUGUGGUUGCUCAAGUGCCAGCAGGAGGGGCUGGUGGUCGAGGGCGGCACAGAGGAUGAGCGCGACCACUGGCAGCAGUUCUACUUCUUGAGCAAGCGGCGGCGCAACUUGCUGCGCAACGCGUGCGGGGAAGAUGACUUGGAGGGCUGGUGUGAUGUGGAACAUGGUGGGGACGGCUGGAGGGUGGAGGAACUGCCAGGAGACUGUGGGUCAGAAUUCAUCCAUGAUGAAAGCGUCAAGAAGUUCUUCGUCUCCUCCUUUCAGUGGUGCCGCAAAGCGCAGAUCGUUGACCUGCAGGCAGAAGGCUACUGGGAGGAGGUGCUGGACACGACUCAGCCAGCCAUCGUGGUGAAGGACUGGUACUCCAGUCGCAGCGACGCCGGCUGCGUGUAUGAGCUCACCGUGAAGCUGCUGUCCGAGCACGAGGACGUGCUGGCCGAGUUCAACAGUGGGCAGGUGGCUGUGCCCCAGGAAGCCGAUGAAGGGGGAUGGAUUGAGAUCUCCCACACUUUCACCGACUAUGGGCCUGGAGUACGCUUCAUCCGUUUCGAGCAUGGGGGGAAGGACUCCGUCUACUGGAAGGGCUGGUUCGGGGCUCGGAUGACCAACAGCAGCGUCUGGGUGGAACCCUGA